AUGACACGAUCUAUGGAAGCCAUGCAGCAAAUAUAUCGUCGUUCGAGUGAAUCCGUUGUCACACAUCAAGCUUCAAGAUCUAUACGCGCAAAACUUGACGAUCAACGUCGUUCAAGUGAAACGAAAAAGAGUGAUAUAGUUGCUGCUAGAAGAUAUGCUACGUAUGAAUUGAAUUGGUAUGACCAUAAUAAGUCUAAUAUGAAAGAUGCUGAUUGUAUUGAGGGUUCUGCACAAUAUACGAAACCGAAAUUCUCAAAAUCUCUUUCACAAUCUCCUAUCACAUCUCCUAUGUUACAAGAAAGAAUACCUGCUCCAUUAAAUAUUACAAAUUCCGUGAUUACAAAGAAUUUGGAAAGAGAAAGUACGUAUUCACACGUAUCAGAACAAAAUCAUCCAUUCUUCGGUGGUAUCACUAUAACUACAGUUCAAGUUGUUAAAGUUGAAAAUGAUUCUCAAAAAAAAAAUAAUUUAAAUAUUAGCUCUUCUUUACCACAUAAAAUCAAUAACAAUAUCGAUAAAUCUUUUAAAAAUGAUGUUCAAGGUUAUGAGAAUCUACAUGUAAAGAUUCCUGAAUCUUUAGAACCUCAAAUUGGUUUAAAACAGAAUGAUCGAUUGAGACCAAGAAAACAACGAUUAUCAACACAUAUAGUAAAGGCAAAGAGGCAAUCAAAUACGGGCGCACAAGCAUAUUCAAAAACCGUGGUUUUGUCUUCAAAACGUUCAUCCUUGGGUCACUUUAAUUCAACUUAUAUGCAAAAAUAUCCUGGAAUGAUACCAUUACCUUCAAAAGAAUCGGUAUCUAAUAAACCUAAAAAACUGAUUAGGAAAAAAUUACGAGUGUUGGUAAAUUCCUCAACAUGUAAUCCUACAUAUUCAAAUGAUCCAACUGAUAUGGAAAAUGACUUGCCUAUAUCAAAUAAUCAAAGAGGUCGAUGGUUGCCAACUAGUCAUAAUGUACCACAACUCCUUCACGCUUCUCUUAUACCUUUACCUCAACACGUCAAGAAUGGUUCUGUCGUACAUAUAUCUCCUAAAUUGAAACAGUUAACGCGUACAAAAUCAAUUAGGAGACGUUCAUCUGCCAUAGUUCCACCAACUAAACGACGUGUUUCUCAAAUAUUCAGACAACAAUUAUUAGAACAAAGUAUAUUAAUGUCAUUUAAUGAUCCGCAACAAAUUACCAAAACGCGUCAUGCACCUAGAGGUAAACAAAUACGAAAAGCUAGAAAAGGUAUCAAUGCGAAAUUAGAUCAUGAAUUAAGACGAGAAAGACAGAAAAGAAAAACCCAUGGAAAACAUUCAGGGCAACAUAUAAAAAGAAAUCAUGAUUCAAUUCCAUAUAGUAAAAAUCGACCAAAAGUACAAUCAGAACCGAAAGCUGUAAACAUUCUAUCAAUUCCAAGAAUUUUGGAUGUGGAUGAAUUAGUUAAAAAGGUUGAUGAGGAACUUCGUAAAAAAGAAAAUUUAAUGCCCCCAUUACCCCCACCAAGACGAAUAGUUCAUGGAUUACCAACUCCUGAUUCUGUUCCAUCAACUCCUCAGACUAAAAGUAAUACAUCUUCAUUACUUGCUUCGUUACCAGACAGAAGGUCUGCAAAGUCCGAUGGAAUAAUAUCUACUGAACCACCACCUUUUCCAACUCAUCUAACACAUAAAGCUGUGCCUUUUCCAGCUCGCCAAUCACAAAAUGAGUCAAUGCGAACGCCUUCUACAAUUGAUGCCCGUCAAUCACAACAAAAUAGUUCUAUGCGAACGCCUUCUACAAUUGAUGCCCGUCAAUCACAACAAAAUAGUUCAAUGCGAACGCCUUCUACAAUUGAUGCCCGUCAAUCACAAAAUGGUUCAAUGCGAACGCCUUCUACAAUUGAUACCCGUCAAUCACAAAAUAAAUCAAUGCGAACGCCUUCUAAAAUUGAUACUCGCCAAUCACAAAAUAGAUCAAUGCGAACGCCUUCUACAAUUGAUACCCGCCAAUCACAAAAUGGAUCAAUGCGAACGCCUUCUACAAUUGAUACCCGUCAGUCACAAAUAGCGUUGCCAACAAAAUUACGUAUGAUUAAUCAUCACGUACUAUAA